ACUGGCAAGUCACUCGUCUGAGGCGUAUCCACGCUACCACCACGACGUCCAUGGCCUGGGCCGCCCUGGUCAGGGCUGGAAGUGCUGGCGUCAUUGUCGAGAGAAUGCAGGCUUCCCGUUGGUGUUGCGCGCUGCAAUGCUGUGUUCUUGUCGUCUCUGGCCACCACGCGUCCGGGGGCGUUCUGAAUGGACCCCUGGGAGCCCGAGCUGCCGUCGCGACUCGAUGUGGUGCGGUCCUGGUGCUUCUUGGAUUUGAAGAGAAACGCCAUGGUGGACUGCGGACCGCUCGCUGGCGGAAUAUGGGCAGUGGCGUAUUCGCAGACUGGCUAUAGAAGGAUGCGGUUGUCGGAGUCGUAAACGAGUGUGGGUAGAUGGUGAGCCGUUCCCAAUGAAACGAGCGAACCGGCAACGAGAGGAUUGCGCGCA